GUUUACUGAUCUUUGUUGUCAAUUAACCAGUGCAGCAAAAAGCCAUAAAUGGAUAGAGUAGUGGGUACAUUUUAUAUACCUGUACUUAGACCCACAAAGACAUUUUCCUGUUCUGUUAUGUGUUACAAGGUAGUGGAAGACUGGCUACAACCAGCAAAGAGACAGAACACCAGUCCACCAACAACAGCUGACAAUGACAAAGAGUCUGAUCCCCGAUCACUGUCCCUACGCAAGUUCUAUCGUAAAACCGUACCAUCCAAACUGUCAUGUCUUAAGAACCAACAUAGAAGACUUCAGGGGCAUCUUCACCUGUACAGAAAAGUCACCAACAACUGCCAGGCAAAGAACACAUUUGUACCAACAACCAAAGGAAAACUUUCAUUCAACUUAGCACAAACUGUCAAGCAUUGUGGCGGCAGUGAUGAUGUAACUUCUGAGAAAACCAGUACACAGCAAAGAUGUUCACAAAGUAGACCACUGUCAGAACAAGACGGAAACAAGUCGUCGAAGGAGGACAAUAACAUGACAGUUGUAGUACGAGAAAAGGAUAGAGACAACUUUGACAGCUGGUCAGAUGAGGAGGGAGGGGACUUGUUAAAGAGCUACUUAUAAUUGCAGCGAGUCGAACACCAAACCGACCCAAAACCGGUCUCCAUUCUCUGCCAUGGGCUCAGAUCAGUGGAAGACUUGAUGAUACCAGGGACAAAUGCAUUCCAUCCUAAGCUCCAUACAAAUGUACAUGUAGACUUGCUACCUCCAAGAGAGACAAAAAUCAAACUUUACUGCAUAUUCCAUCAGCAGGGCAAAAAAA